AUGCUUCGCUGGCUGCGGAGCUUCGUGCUGUCCGCGGCGGCCUGUCAGAGUGAGGAUGAUUACUUCCGCUACCAGAUCCUCUUCGAAGACUUGGACCGCAGCGGGGACGGCGUGGUGGAUAUCAAGGAGCUCAAGGAGGGGCUGGAAUACUGGAGCUCCUCCUUUGGCAAGGACUCGGAGAAGGAUAUUCUUAAGGCAGGAGAUGCCAAUCAGGAUUCAGGAUUGGACUUUGAAGAAUUUGUGCGGUACCUUGAAGACCAUGAGAAAAAAAUGAAGCUGGCAUUUAAGAGUCUGGACAAAAAUAAUGAUGGAGUAAUAGAAGUUUCAGAUAUAAUUGCUGCGGUGAAAUCACUGGGUAUACAUAUUUCUGAAGUUCAGGCAAAAGAGAUUCUGAAAAGCAUUGAUACUGAUGGAACAAUGACAGUAGACUGGGAUGAAUGGAGAGACUACUUUUUACUGCAUCCUGCAAAAAAUAUCAAUGAGAUUAUUCAUUUCUGGAAGCGUUCUACUCUAAUUGACAUAGGAGAGAGUAUAGCAAUUCCAGAUGAAUUUUCUGAACAAGAAAGGCAGUCUGGAGAUUGGUGGAAACAAUUGGUGGCAGCAGGAAUAGCUAGUGCAGUGGCACAAACAUUCACAGCUCCUUUUGACCGCUUGAAAGUCAUGAUGCAGGUUCAUAGUUUAAAGACAAGAAGAAUGAGGUUGAUGAGUGUGUUUGAGCAGAUGGUAAACGAAGGAGGAAUUUUUUCUCUUUGGCGAGGAAAUGGUACAAAUAUUAUCAAAAUUGCACCAGAGACGGCACUCAAGAUUGGGGCCUAUGAACAGUUUAAGAAAUGGCUUAGUUUUGAUGGUUCUAAUACAGGAAUUUUUGAAAGAUUUAUAGCUGGUUCAUUGGCUGGAGCAACUGCCCAGACCUGUAUUUACCCCAUGGAGGUAAUAAAGACUAGACUGGCUGUGGCUAACACUGGAGAGUAUUCAGGGAUUGUCGACUGUGGCAUGAAGCUUCUGAAACAAGAGGGUAUCCGAGCUUUAUUUAAAGGCUAUGUUCCUAACUUGCUAGGCAUUGUACCUUAUGCAGGCAUAGAUCUUGCUGUUUAUGAGUUUUUUAAGAAUCAUUGGCUGAAGCACUAUGCAGAAGACUCUGUAAACCCUGGGGUAAUAAUUUUGCUGGCCUGUAGUACAUUGUCUCACACUUGUGGUCAGUUAGUCAGCUUCCCUCUGUAUCUCAUUAGAACUCGCAUGCAGGCUGAUGCUCUGGUGGAACAAGAAAAAACACCUAUGAUUCAGCUCAUCCAAGAAAUAUAUAAGAAAGAAGGAAAAAGAGGAUUUUACAGGGGUAUCACCCCUAACAUCAUAAAGUUGCUUCCUGCAGUAGGCAUCGGCUGUAUUGCUUAUGAAAAAACGAAACCAAUUUUGGGAUUAACCUAG